GAUACUGGGCCACGCCUAGCUGCGACAGUCAUCGUUCUGUCCGUUCUGGCAUAUCCGUUACUGGCGCUACGAGUCUAUAUCAGACUAAGCACACGAGCAUGGGGUGCUGACGACUGGUCUAUGUUGUUCGCAGCUAUACCAUUUACUGGUCUGACAAUAGCAUGUCUUGGUGGUGCUUUCAACGGUGUUGGUGGACAUGAAGCCGAGCUGGGCGAAGAACAGGUGUCUAUUGGUCUUCAUUGGUUCUUCUUCUUCGAAGUCUUCUACUGUAUUGCAAUUGUACCCAUCAAGCUCAGUAUCUCAUUGAUGGAGAUGCGUAUUGCUAGCAGCAAGAAGAGCUUCGUCACAUCGCUUUGGGUCACUUCUGCCAUGUUCAUCAUUAUGAACGUCAUCUCGCUUUUCGUCAUCAUCUUCCAUUGUAACCCCAUCUCAUGGGCUUGGGACACAACUACUCCUGGAGGACACUGCAAUUCUGCCACUACUCUUACCAACAUCUACUAUGCCGACACUGCCGUCAACAUCUUCACCGACUGGUUCUGCGCUUUGCUGCCUAUUCCUCUGCUGUGGUCAAUUCAGCUGAACCGUAACUCAAAAGUCUCAGUCGUCUUCCUCCUGAGCUUGGGUGUUCUGGCCAGUCUUUCUGCUUGUAUCCGUCUCAAGUACACUGUCAACCUGAACAGCUCCCAGGACUACAUCCAUGGUGUUGGUGACAUCGUCAUCUGGGGUUACGCCGAGAACGGUAUUGGUAUGGUGGUUGGCUGUCUCAGUACUUUGCGUCCACUGUUCCGCCGUGUCUUCCACCUCGGCAGCUCA